AUGGUUGUGGUAGUUGACCAGCCAAACACACCUCCAUUGCAGUGGCCACUGGGUGUCAUCGAACAAGUGAUUCCGGGAAGUGACGGCGAGGUUCGAGUGAUCACAGUGCAUAACCUGGCAAGGAAAGUAAAAAGGCAGCCCGUAAGCAAGAACCUGUCUAUUCCCAGAUUUCGUCCCACCCUGAACCUGACCAAAACACCCAAUAAAGGCUUCAAAGGGCAAGUAGUCGAGAUUGGAAUAAAUUCGACUGAUCCGGCACAAGAAAUAUGGACUGAGGAUGGUGCAAUGGCAAUGCUGGAGCAAGAGCUCCAGUCAAUCGCUUCAACAGCUUCGCCUGACCUAUUUGAUGAUGAUGAUGAUUCAAUUUCACUGUAUAUCAGUGAGGAUGCAUUCAAUCAUCAUCAUCAACUAGGUCAGCCCAUCCCAUCAUCAUCAUCAUCAUCAUCAACAGACUUACUGCCUGCCACAUCAUUCGUCCCGCCCUCACCAUGAUUAGUGAUACCACCAGUCUCCCCCCAGCCCGCAUUCCCCCCUGCCAUCGCCUGAACAUUGACAGCCCCAGCCCGUCCAUCGUCAGCCCCAGCCCAUCCAGCCCCAGCCCGCCCAGGGGCAGUCCGCCCAGCCCCACCCCAUCCACAAUUGCCAGCAUACCAACCAGGCCGACCAGUGCUGCCUCCCCCCACUGCCACACCAUCAACCAGCAGACACCGCUAUCAACCAUAUGCAUGCGUAGUUGCUGCUGCUGCAUUUGCACGACAGGAAGAGUUCAAUUUUGCAACAUUAGAUAGGUUGUGUAACCAACCCCAUCGUUGCACAGUUGCGGUUAAAGAUUUCUCAUAAACCCUACAAUAUCCUGUUAUAGGUGCACGAAUUGUGUGCUCCUAUAAUCAGGAUUGCAUAAUUAUAAGAGUUGUCAAUGUCGGUCAAUGGGGAAAUGAGGAUGACGAAAUUGAAACCUUCCUGCCACGGAAAUAUGCAGCAGCAAUUAUGCGUGCAAAUAUUGAUUCAUUUAAUAAUUCGUGUUUCAAUUCAAUAAUGAUGGUAAAACAUUAUGCAGGACGACACUCUGUAGUUAAUUUGUUACAGUGUGAGCUGUAACAAUCUAACAUCAGAGUGUCAUUUUUUAAAUUUUAAAAAUAUUUGUAAAUUUUGAAAAUUUUUAAAAUAUUUGUAAAUAUUGUAAAUUUAAAAAAUUUUGUAAA